UAUUUAUUUUGGCAACUAUUAGUUAGAAUAAAAUGAAUGGGAAAGAAGAAACAAAGCAGCCUGAAUCAUCCAGGAUAGAAGAAACUAAGAAAUGCGAAUCAGGAGAGAUUGACUGAAAGUCAAUGCCUCAUUUUGAUCUUAAUGACCAGAAUGAUACCAUUUUUGACCAAAAAGCUUUAGAGACAGCUAAUCCUUCAAAGAACUUCUAUGACUCUUUAGAUGAUCUUCUUGAUGAAGACUUCCACGGUUUUGAGGGUGAGACUGUGAAAUCAGAAAAUAACAGAGCUCAGGGCGGGUACAGAAAGAAGCUAAGUAGAGUUCAAAGCUUGACCUUUAUUCAAAGUCACGACUUCUUCCAAACUUGUAAUGACCUUCCUGCUUUUGAAAAGUUGGUAAAGGAUAACCCCUUGGAGAACUUAAUGUCUGAGAGACAGAAAAGUCCGAAUGUACCUAAAGAAGAAAAAGCUAUCAACACUUCUCAAGAUAAAGAGCCAACAGGGAGUGACAAAGUAACAGACUUAGUUAAUUGCCCUAUCUGUUUAGAUAUGAUAGAGGAUGCUACAGAGACUCCUUGCUGACAUAACAUAUUCUGUGAGACUUGUAUUUCGAAGACAGAUAAGUGCCCAAUCUGUCAGUCUGAAUAUUAUGCAUACCAAUUAACUCCAAAUAUUCCAAUGAGAAGAUUAAUCAAUGAAAUUUUGAUGAAAUGUAAAAAUGAGGGAUGAGAAACUGAGUGCACCAAAGCCAACCUUGAAAAGCACUUAGAAGUAUGUCUCUACCAAGAGGUGUUCUGUCCUAAUAGCCCUGAAUGCCCAAAAAUAUUAAGACUAGACCUAGAAAAUCAUACGACUAAAAUUUGUGAGUUCAGAUUUGUGGAUUGUGUUCUGAAUUGUGGUGUAAAGAUCAGGACUCGUGAAAUGUACGAUCACAUCCAUAACAUCUGCUCCAAGUCAUUGAUCCCAUGUAAGAAUAGCUGCGGAGAAGUUAUUGAAAGAGGCUCAAUGGAAGCUCACACAAAUUCAAACUGCAUGAAUGAAAUUAUCUUCUGUCAAUACAAAAAGACCCACGUCUAUCAUAAUGGAUGUGAUCUCAAGCUCAAAAGAAGUGAGAUGCAAGAGCAUCUUCAUGAGUGUCCCUUCAGAAUUAUCAAGUGCCAGAAUGAAGGAUGUGAGCAAAUUAUUGCGUUCAAAGACUCAAAAAGACAUGAUGUAAGAUGAAAAUUCAAAGUACUCCAGUGCAGAAAUGAAUGUGGAGAACAAUUCAGGAGACAAUUUGAAGAUGAUCAUUUUGAUAAAUGCCCAUUGCAAAUGAUAAGAUGUCCCUACUUUGAUAUGGGAUGCAAAACUGAACUUCUUAGAGAAGAGAACCAAGAACAUCUCGAAAAGGAAGCUUUCAAUCAUUCUGCUCUUUUUAUUGAAGGACAAAAUAAAAAGAAUGAAGAAAUCAGAACUCUCAAGAAUGAAAUGGAAGAGAUGAAGGAAGAGUAUUCAAAGAAAUUUAAAGUCUUAUUUGAAGCACUUAACUUGGAUGAAGAAUAUGUUCUUGAUGAUUUUGAAUCAGAGGAUUAAUUCAGAUUCAAGUACCAGAAGAUACCUCAAAAGAGCAGAGUCUUGGAAAAGUUAGAUUAGGUUCUUGACCCAAAAUUCUGAUUCAAUA